UGCUUACAAUCAAAUACAUGACCAUGGGGGAUAUGAAGACCCCAGAUUUCGAUGACCUUCUUGCAGCCUUUGACAUACCAGACAUGGUUGAUCCAAAAGCAGCUAUUGAAUCUGGACAUGAUGACCAUGAAAGCCACAUAAAACAAAAUGCUCACACAGAUGAAGAUUCUCACGCCCCAUCAUCAUCUGAUGUUGGUGUGAGUGUCAUUGUGAAAAAUGUGCGUACUAUUGAUUCUUCCGAAGGAGUGGACAAGGAUGGCCACCAUUCCACAGGCAAUGGCUUGCAUAAUGGCUUUCUAACAUCAUCAGCUCUUGAUAGUUACAGUAAAGAUGAAGGGAAGUCACUUAAAGAUGAUGGGUCAGCUUCUGAGACUACACUGAAGGAUUCAGCUUUCAACCAGUUUAGCCCAAUAUCAAGUGCUGAAGAAUUUGAUGAUGAUGAAAAAAUUGAGGUGGAUGACCCUCCGGAUAAAGAGGAGAUGCGUGCAAAUUUCAGAGCAAAUGUCUUGCAGGAUCUGUAUCUCAGCAGAAAGGCACUUGGAGGGGAGAACUUGAUUAAAUCUGGAAUCCCAGUUUCAACUAGUAUAGAUAAAAAUAAAGUUGCUAAACGAGAGACAGAGACAAACUCCAUGCAUUUAAGUGUCUAUGAGCCUUUUAAAGCUCGAAAAACAGAGGACAAAUUGCUAAAAGACAAUUCUGAGAAGCUUCUUGAAAACAGGGUACUUGAUGGAAAACUGAGUCUUGAAAAAAGUGAAACAAAUCUUGCCAGCAUUUCACAGUCCAAAGCAAAGUCAUCAGCAAAGCUUUCUUCAUGCAUUGCUGCAAUUGCAGCACUGAGUGCUAAAAAGGCAGCUACAGAUACCAGUAAAGAUUUACAGUCUAAUUCAGGAGAACCUUCUCCAUUACCAAAAGACAUGAGUGAAAGUCCCCGGGCUAUUGAAAAAUCACCUGAAUCUCAGAGUCUCAUUGAUGGUGCUAAAAAGCCAUCUGUCAAACCACCUGAUAGUCCCAGAAGUGUAUCAAGUGAAAACAGUAGCAAAGGGUCUCCAUCUUCUCCUGCAGGGUCAACACCAGCAAUUCCUAAAGUUCGCAUAAAAACCAUCAAGACUUCUUCUGGGGAGAUCAAGAGAACUGUUACUAGAGUGUUGCCAGAAGUUGAUUUGGACUCUGGUAAAAAGCCAGAGCAGACUGCUUCUAUGGUAACUUCCAUGACGUCUCUCCUGUCCUCACCAACUUCUGCUGCUGUUCUUUCCUCUCCUCCUAGAGCUCCUCUCCAGUCCACAGUUGUCACCAAUGCAGUUGCAUCUGCAGAACUUGCACCAAAACAGGUCACUAUCAAACCUGUGGCUACUGCCUUUCUCCCUGUUUCAGCAGUUAAAACAGCAGGUUCACAAGUUAUUAAUUUGAAGCUUGCUAACAAUACUACAGUGAAAGCCACUGUAAUAUCUGCUGCUUCAGUGCAGAGUGCCAGUAGCGCCAUUAUAAAAGCUGCCAAUGCUAUACAACAGCAGACUGUUGUGGUGCCAGCAUCAAGCCUUGCCAGUGCUAAACUUGUGCCAAAGACAGUCCAUCUUGCCAACCUUAAUCUUCUGCCUCAAGGUGCUCAAACCACCUCUGAACUCCGCCAAGUGCUAACGAAACCUCAGCAACAAAUAAAGCAGGCAAUAAUUUCUGCAGCAGCCUCACAGCCUUCUAAAAAGGUGUCUCGAGUCCAGGUGGUGUCAUCUCUACAAAGUUCUGUAGUGGAAGCAUUCAAUAAGGUGCUGAGUAGUGUCAAUCCUGUACCAGUUUACAUCCCAAACCUCAGUCCCCCUGCCAAUGCCGGAAUAACGUUACCAACGCGAGGCUACAAGUGUUUGGAGUGCGGGGACUCAUUUGCUCUCGAGAAGAGCCUGACCCAGCAUUAUGACAGGAGGAGUGUGCGAAUUGAAGUGACAUGUAAUCAUUGCACAAAGAAUUUAGUUUUCUACAAUAAAUGCAGUCUUCUUUCCCACGCUCGUGGACACAAGGAAAAAGGAGUUGUAAUGCAGUGUUCACACCUGAUUUUAAAACCAGUCCCAGCAGAUCAAAUGAUAGCAUCUCCUUCAAGCAAUACUGCUACGUCUAUGCUUCAAAGCCCUGUGGGAGUUGGCACGCAUACUGUAACAAAGAUACAGUCUGGCAUAACUGGGACAGUAAUAUCAGCCCCAGCAAGUACACCUGUCAUUCCAGCUAUGCCACUAGACGAAGAUCCAUCGAAACUCUGUAGACAUAGUCUAAAGUGUUUGGAGUGUAAUGAAGUUUUCCAAGAUGAGACAUCUCUUGCAACUCAUUUCCAGCAGGCUGCAGACACAAGUGGACAAAAGACAUGCAAUAUCUGCCAGAUGCUGCUUCCUAACCAGUGCAGUUUUGCAUCACACCAGAGAAUUCAUCAGCAUAAAUCUCCAUACACGUGUCCUGAAUGUGGAGCAAUCUGCAGAUCUGUCCACUUCCAGACUCAUGUCACUAAGAACUGCCUGCAUUAUACCCGAAGAGUUGGUUUUCGCUGCGUGCAUUGCAAUGUUGUAUACUCUGAUGUGGCGGCACUCAAGUCUCAUAUUCAAGGUUCUCACUGUGAAGUCUUUUACAAGUGUCCUAUCUGUCCCAUGGCAUUUAAAUCUGCUCCCAGCACACACUCCCAUGCCUAUACACAACACCCGGGUAUCAAGAUAGGCGAACCAAAAAUAAUAUAUAAAUGCUCUAUGUGUGACACUGUGUUUACUCUACAACCUUUGCUCUAUCGCCACUUUGAUCAGCACAUUGAAAACCAGAAGGUGUCUGUUUUCAAGUGUCCAGACUGUUCUCUUCUAUAUGCACAGAAACAGCUUAUGAUGGAUCAUAUCAAGUCUAUGCAUGGAACUUUGAAAAGUGUUGAGGGGCCACCAAACCUGGGGAUAAAUCUGCCUCUCAGUACUAAACCAACAACUCAGAACUCAGCCAGUCACAACAAAGAGGACACAAAAUCUGUGAACGGAACAGAAAAGUUGGAGAAGAAAUCUCCUUCUCCCAUAAAGAAAGCAGAGCCUAAAAAAGUUGCUAAUCCUGGCUGGACUUGUUGGGAGUGUGAUAGGCUCUUCACUCAGAGAGACGUUUACAUCUCUCACAUGAGGAAGGAACAUGGAAAG